CUUUCCUAUCUUCAUUAAUUAUUUUUGGCAAAAAGUGUUUUUAUUAUUCUGAUAUAUAAUUUCGUAUAAAUAUUCCAAUCGAACAUUUGGAAACAGUGAAUACCAAUGGCUUCCUCCAAGGGUGAUGGAAGUCAUUCCCAUUCAUACAGGCUGCUGUUGGCUUGCCCUACUGGCUUAUCUCGCUCGCAGGUCACUGUGGACUUCAGCUCAUCUCAUGACAGGAAGCCUCAUCCUGAUCCCACAAUUGAAGGAUCUAUUGAGGAGGUGUGGAAGCAACGACUUUCUUCAAAUCCCUCAUUAUACAAUGCAUUAAAGUUUAGGUAUGGAGGCUAUGCGACAUCAUCUCCAACAGAAGAAUCCAUUGGGGCAACUAAAAUUUGCCUUUGCUUGGGACUUACCGAUUACAGGACCUUUAUUGGGACAAACCUAAGUCCUGUAUGGGAGCAGUUUCUCUUACCAGUGAAAGAUGAUGUAGAACAAUGCAAAUACACGUCAAGUCCAUUGGGAAAUGGAGCAAUUGUUGAGACAAUCGAUAAUUUUAUUCUUGUACUUAGAAGAAGUCACAGUGUGGGAGAAUUUCCAGGGCACCUUGUCUUUCCUGGUGGGCAUUCCGAGCCAGAGGAGGUUGGAAUUUCAGGCCAUGUUUAUACGAAUGACAAAACCUUCACUACAAAUUUGAAUUCGAAGAUAUCUGCAGAGAUGUUUGAUGGUAUUGUACGUGAAGUUGUGGAAGAGAUUGGUGUUCCUGCACAAUCUCUGAGCGAUCCAAUAUUUAUUGGCAUUUCUCGGAGAGUGACUAAUGUUCGACCCACUGUUUUCUUCUACAUCAAAUGUAGUCUACAUUCAUCAGAUAUUCAGGGCUUAUAUUCAAAAGCAAAAGAUGGUUAUGAAUCAACACAUCUAUGUAUAAUGCCUAAGUAUGAAUUAGGAACAGCGGCAUCAGAGAUGCCAGGUUGUCACCAAGGCGGGUUUGCAUUGUAUGAUCUUAUGACAAAAGAGGCUAAAAGUCGUUGAGGUG